CUCAAAGAAAAGAGUAAAAUGUUGAAAAUUGUGCUUGUAUUGUGCGCGGUUUAUGCCACUUUAAGCCAGGCACGUCCUCAUGCCAGCUAUCUGCCCAGCUAUGAAACCAUCGAAUAUGCACCCACUGUGCUGGGUUACGAGUCCUUGGCAUUGCCAGCUGCUGUUUCCCAUCAGAGCUCAACGGUGGUGCACGAGAAACGUCCCUAUUGGCGUCCCAUUGUGGAGCACAGUCACCAUACGCCGCUUCUGAAGUCCUACAGCCCCACCUCAUACGCCUAUGCCAGCGAACCACUCGCACCACUUGCACCACUCGCACCACUGAGCUAUGGCAGCGAGUGGUACGAGCCCGGCUGGAAUGGUGCCGUCAGCUAUCCCAGCAUCUACCUCAAGUAAAAAGGAUUAACUAGUGAUGUAAAUACGAGUAUAAUAUUGAUUUUUAAAAUCGUAUUUAAAAAUCGUCAUUGAAAACAUCUAUGUCUCAGUGUAUUAGAAAUUUCGGCAUUUAUACUAUUUUACAUACAUUUUCUAAAUACGGAGAAUCAAUUAAAACAUCCAAUUUUUAAUUCACCCAUGAUUAUAUAAGCACCUCUGAUCAUAGAAAAAGUCUUACAUAAAUCCGUCGAUUAUUGAAUAAAAUAUUUCUAAAUCUAAAUUAUCUUA